AUGACACGGACGGGUGCUGUGCUGAGCGUCUUCUUCUUGUUUCUUCACACGGCUUCAGGGGAAAGUUGUUGCACCUCAGCAGAUGGUGACGGGACCUUUGGAGACGAUGAACCAGAUAAUCUGGACAUCAACUGCUUCAGUCAGCUGGAAUUUAAGGAUUCCUACAGCAGCCUGACUUGCAAUUUCACAGAGCUGCCUCCUUCCAACACUAACUACAGCCUAGCUGUGUGUACCAAGGAAGAAAACAGUUAUAUAUGUUCCAACAUGGAGAAACAUGAAGAUGAGUAUUUCUUACAGUUUACUGAUAUACUCUCAAAAAGAUUCGUUUGCAUGGACUCCGAGAUGAAAAGAAAGAUUUGCAAGAGCCUGAUAUUAACUGAAAUUGUUAAGCCAGAAAUACCAUUUGAUAUAAACAUCACAUACCAAAAGGAAGCCAAUGAAUAUCUUAUUCAUUAUAAUACGCCACACUCGUGGAAGAAAUACUUAAAGGACAAAUUAAUACACCAAAUAGACUAUCGUCAGAAAGAAGGGAUUUGGAAGACAGUAAAGUCUCAAUUCCUGCAGAUAAAAUUACUGGGGAAAAAUCUUGAAAAAGAUGCCUCAUAUGAGGUGAGAGUCCGUUCAAAGCCCAAUGGAGAUUAUUUUAGGGGCACAUGGAGCGAAUGGAGCACUUCCAAGAGCUUCAGAACUAGUGAGAAUCACUCCCUGGAGGAAGACACUGACAUGGUCAUGAUUAUACUCUCCGUACUGGGAUUCAUUUUGUUGGUUGUCAUGGUUAUCCUGAUCCUGACUUUUUGGGAAAACAGGAUCAAGCCUGCUCUGUGGCCAAGCCUUCCCGAUCAUAAAAAGACUCUGGAGCAACUGUGCAAGAAGCCAAAAAGUAACUUUGAUAUAAGCUUUAACCCAGAGAGUUUUGGUUAUGUUCAUAUCCAUAAAGUGGAUGGCAUUCAAGCAAGAGCUGAAAUGGAAAGUUUUCUGCAGAUGGAAGCUGCUCUGCAAGCAAAUAUUCCAGAAAAAGAUAAGAGUGGAUCAAACCUGAAGAUGAGCCCUGCUAUGAUCAACAAAAACAACCUGAACUUGCCCGUGACUUAUGGAGGAGUCUGGCCAGAUGAAGCUUUGAAUGAGUCCUUUGGUAAAAGCCAGUUUCUGGUCCCUGAAGGGUUCAGCAGCUCCAGCAUGUACGAAGUGUGCAGCAGCAACGUGCCCCUGUGCAGCGAUGGUCCUGGUCUGCACUGCUCUCCUCCCUUGCACCCCUCAGGCCAAACCCAACCAGAGCCGGUGUCGCAUACGCAGCCAAGCAGCGAAACUCGGCCAGCAAGCAACGAAGAUGAAUACGUCACGAUGUCCAGCUUUUACAAAACUCAGUAAGGCUCGAAGAACAGCAGAAUACAACAGCUUGUGUUUUUCUGUAACACAAGCAGGACGCUGCCUCUCUUGCCCUCCUGCAUCAGGGAGUAGCACCCCUCGGUGGUGCAUCUUCAACAUCGUGCUAGGCUUAGGAGCAAGAGGAUUCACCUACACUUCAGCAUAGCCGUCUUUCUCAGUAUGCCAGUAGCAAUCUCCACUGUGAUAGAAAUUAAUUCAAUUCUCCCUGACUUUAAUUUCCAGAUCUGAUUAACCAGGGACAAUUACACUUCUAGCUGGGAAUCACUGCGUGUCUCCUAAGCAUUGGUGAACUCUUCUGUUGACCUCUUGGUUGCAGAGCUAAGCAUUUAUUAAUGCCUAAACAAGAAGCAUGGCAACAAGAAGCACGGCAUCAAAUCAAAUUGAAUCCAAUCUCUUUUAAGCUGAGGUAGGUCAAGAGCAACUCUGCUGCA